GGUUUACCGGUAUAUCGACAUAUUGGCCGAUGGCCUAAAAUCUAGACAACGAUCUAGGUCGUUUGAAGAUAGGGUUGAACACAGUUUACGCGUGUUUUACAAAAAGGCAUACAUGAGUCGCUUGAGUAUAAUUGACUGCUUCAUGGAGUCGGCCCCUCAGCUCGUACUUCAACUCUAUAUUGUGGCUAAGGGCGACCCACAGUCGACCAAUAUAUGGACUGGUGUCAGUGUUGGGAUCAUUAGUAGCCCUGUCUAUGGCACUGGUCAAUUUUUCUCUACAAGGUGACGUGAUUAAUAAGCAGGAAUUUAUGGUUAAAUUUAUCUGUUGCUUUUUCACAAUAGCCGCUCGUGUAUUUGCUUUAUCAUUAUUUGCCAGCAUAUUCCCAUUUCAUCUGGGUGUAUUUUUAUGC